AUCCUGGUGAUUUUCCCGAGGAUGAUUUUGGGAUGAGGUGUACUUAGGGAGAGGGUGAGGAGCAGGGAGAGCUGUAACCCGCCCUGCACUGGACCACUCUGUCUGUCUGACCUGGGAGAGAGACACUGCCAACAUGCCCACGGACGCCCAAAGUGACGCUCGCUCAUUCCUGAGUGAGGAGAUGAUCACAGAGUUCCAGGCUGCCUUCGACAUGUUCGACACGGAUGGUGGCGGUGACAUCAGCACCAAGGAGCUGGGUCAGGUGAUGAGGAUGCUGGGCCAGAACCCAUCUAGAGAAGAGCUGGAUGCCAUCAUACUGGAAGUGGAUGAGGAUGCUAGUGGCACCAUAGACUUUGAGGAGUUCCUGGUGAUGAUGGUUCAGCAGCUGAAGGAAGACCAGGCAGGGAAGACUGAGGAAGAGCUUUCAGAAAUCUUCCGGGUCUUUGACAAGAACGGAGACGGCUUCAUCGACCGGGAGGAGUUUGGGGACAUUCUGACCGCAACGGGGGAGCCAAUCACAGACGAGGAGGCUGAUGAGCUCAUGGCUGACUCUGACGUCAACAAAGACGGGAAGAUCGAUUUUGACGAGUUUCUGAAGAUGAUGGAGAACGUCCAGUAGAAGAGCAGGACCAUCAUUCCUAGCAGAUCCUGCUUUCCAAAAUGUCCUCCUCCGAGAUGAAGAAAACACAAGAGAUUCAGAAUCACCAACCUUACUAUCUCCCCCUAACCCUUCCUUCAGAGAAAAGACUAACUGUCAUUCAGCUUCCUCUACCACACAGUCCUCUCUUC